CCCACUAACACAGCUGCCGAAGGACCUCCCUCGGUCCCUCUUCCUCGUCGUCAUCCUCGCACAAGCUGGCGAUUCGGCCGAGGGCCAAGCUAAACGGCGAGCUCCGGAGCGAUCCCCACCUGACGGAAAAUAGUCAUCCCGGCAGUUUGGCGCAUUUGAGACACCGAGGUCGAGCGUCCACAGCAGAAUCGUCAGGAUGCCGGCGGCGGGCAGCAAGCUUAAGCAGUGCCGGCUGGCUCAGGAUCAGCUCGGGAAGGCGAUCGAUGGCGUGCUGAAGACGCAGCGGCUGCUGGGGGACAACGCCAGAGAGGUGCGCUGGCAGCUGCAGAGCUGCGUGAGUCGCCAGCAGGAGGCGCUGCGCUGCAGGGAGUUGUGGCUCCUGGGCCAGAUCGAGCUGCUGGAACACGUCAAGGCGGAAACGCUCCAGCAGCAGCUACAUCAACUCCAUCGGAUGCACGGGCAGUUGGACGCCAUCUCGCAGCAGCUGCAGAGCGCCAACGACGGCGGCGGCUGCAGCGAUCUCAGCAACCAACUGACCAGCUGCAUGGACAAGUUGGCCUCCCUGAGCCUGCUGCCGGAGGAAACGCCCGAAAUGACUUUCAGUGCCGACGCGCGCUCCCUGAGGGAAGCCAUCACCUCGUUUGGCAGCAUCGGCGCUCAGGUCUCGCACGCGGACGGCCGGUCUAACCAGUCCGGACGGCUCUCGGUGGAAGUCCAGAGCGGGGCUCCGGUGGAGCGGCUGCCGGAAGGCGCUCCGAGAAUUGAAAACAAAGCUUCCCGUCCCGCCCCGGCGUCGGUGGAUUUUCUCAAGGCCUGGGGUCAGCUGCGAGACCUGGAGGCGUGGCUGCUCCAUGACCAGAAGGCCGCCGCCGGCGAGCGGCGCGGCCAAAGCCAGGCUUCGUGCGCCUCCUCCGUCGAAAAGAUGGACGAGUCCCACCUGCGCGCCGGCCCGCGGGACGACGACCUGAGCAAAUGGCUGGCGCCCCCGCCCGCCGCCCUCCCCGCCGCCAACGGAGAGCGUCGGGGCUUGCUCUUGGAGCCCUUUUCCGAGCGCCGGCCUUGGGAAGACUGGCUGGCGGGCCCCGCCUGUUCCUCCUGCCGUCGCCAGAGCACCCGAGCGCUGGAGAUCGAAAACCUGGGCCAGCUCAAGUGCCUCAAGACCCCGCCGGCUCGGACCGCGCCUCCCGCCGCGUCCGGCCUGGAGGCGUGGCUUCAACGGGCGCUGCCGCUGCCGCAGACGUGUCGCGCCAACGAACCGUGCUCCAGCUACUCUGAGUGCGUCUGCGACGAGAACUGCGGCAGAGAAGCUCUCGACGCUUGGCUGCUGCAGCACAGCGCCCGAGACAAGAACGGCGUCCCCGUUUCCCCCGCCGGCGGCGGCGACGUCGUCGUCCUGGCUGCUGCAAAGAAUUUCCCCCCUCCUCUGCAGCACAGACAGCAAGAACAGAAGGUUCAGGCCAUCCUGGAGGCGUGGCUUCACCCUUGCAACCCUCCGUCGUCGGCCCGCGGCGGCCCCUCAAACUCCUUGUUCCGGAGGCCUUUCGAUGCGCAGUCGUGGACGCUUCCGGAAAAGUGGACGGCUCCUCGGCAGGAUGACAAAGGGCCGCUGCGGAAGACGUGUCAGGAACGCGUGACCUUGCCCUCGGCCCGCGACUCGUUCUCCAGCACAAAAGUGGGCGGUGACCCAGAGAAAUGGCUUCACAAGCCGCCUCCUGUUCGGGCUUGAGGAGGAGGAUGUUGGCGGCCAUCUUCGCCGUAAAUCCUGUGACGCCCUUUUGAUUGCAAACAGGAAGUCAAUUGAAUGCAUCUAUGGAGCUCCCAGUCGACAAGUAGCAACUCUGCCAGGCUGAUGUAUCCGAGCUGAAAUAUUUUUGAUGAAACAUUUAUUUUUGCAUUUGAGCGUUUGUUCAAAUACUCCGCACCCAGGAUCAGUUUGACACCAUGAAAUUGAUUUUUUGGCUAACAAAUAUUUUAUUGUAAAUUCAACACCUAAUUUUAAACUCACCCGGGAUGACCUAGGCUUAUUUUAUUAGUGUGUGUGCACGUGCUUGUGUGAUUGUCCCUACGCAAAUAAAACACGCAGAAGCCCUUUGGA